UGUUUAGUGGCCGUGCAUGCUCAGCACACCAGGACUCUACAUGGCCAACGCCAGUCCGUGCAUGUCCGCAGGGUCCAUGGUCCCGGUCUUCUUCCCUACAGGGGCCGACUCCCUGUCCAUAGGCACCUUCAUGCAGCCGGGAACCGCCAACACUAUGCCGGCCAUGUCUGCUCAGACGGGCUUUCCCGUCAUGGACUUUGGGCUGAUGCAGGCAGCCGGAGGGACUGUGGUGCCUUCGCUGCCUCCAACUCCGUCCGGGGUCUCUUUUAUGAUCCAGAUCGGCCUGACAAGAGAGUCGGUCCUGAUGCCUCAGACCGCCGACCUGGCCUACGUCAAACAGAUGGCCUGCUCCAUCGUGGACACCAAGUUUCCAGAAUGUGGCUUCUACGGCAUCUACGAUAAGAUCCUGCUGUUCAAGCACGACGUCUCAACCAACAACAUUCUGCAGCUGGUCAAAUCGGCCAGUGACAUUCAGGAGGGAGACCUGGUGGAGGUGGUGCUUUCAGCUGCAGCCACUUUUGAGGACUUCCAGAUCCGGCCCCAUGCCCUCAAUGUGCACUCAUAUCGGGCCCCGGCUUUCUGCGAUCACUGUGGAGAGAUGCUGUUUGGACUGGUCCGACAAGGGCUCAAGUGUGACGGAUGUGGACUGAAUUACCAUAAACGCUGCGCGUUCAGCAUCCCAAAUAACUGCAGUGGAGCUCGGAAGCGCCGACUGUCCACCACCUCGCUGAGCAGCAGCCAGUCACUACGUCUGUCCACCACGGAGUCGGUGUACAGCAUCGGGACGGCCUCCACCUGCACCGAGGACUCUGGUCUGGUUCGCUCUCACACGCAAAUGGUACUGAAGCGACACAGCUCUUGGUCUUCAGUGACCCAUCUCCAUCUAACCAAGCAUGUUCUGAAUGCUCUCCAGCCUCGGACCCCGAGCGACGCCAGGCGGUUCUACCCGUGUCGACCGGUUCACCUGGACAAGAUGCUCAUGAGCAAAGUGAAGGUGCCUCACACCUUUGCCAUCCACUCCUACACUCGGCCCACGGUGUGUCAGUACUGCAAGAGGCUCCUGCGAGGGAUCUUCAGACAAGGCCUGCAGUGCAAAGACUGCAAAUUCAACUGCCAUAAACGCUGUGCGUAUAAGGUUCCCAACGACUGCCUGGGUGAGACCAUCGGAGAGAACAGAAGCAACAGUGACUUGUCCAGUCCCAGCACGGACCCCGAGGUGCCCAUGGACUUCAACAGUGAUUAUGACACCUUGGACAAGUCGUCUAUGGAUGAUUCGGACGAGGCCAUCAGCAUCCCCGGGUCCUUCUCCCCAGACAGCGGCCAGGAUGGAGCCAGCGGAGACCAGAGCGCCAACAUCCCUCUGAUGCGUGUGGUGCAGUCGGUGAGGCAGGUGACGCGGCGCUCCAGCACUGCCAUCAAGGAAGGAUGGAUGGUUCACUACAGUAAUAAGGACACACUGAGAAAGAGGCACUACUGGCGUCUGGACUGCAAGUGCAUCACCCUGUUCCAGAACAACACGUCCAACAAAUAUUACAAGGCGAUUCCACUCUCAGAAAUCCUAGAGGUACGGCCUGCUGGAAACUUCACUCUGGUCCCCGCUGGCACAAACCCCCACUGUUUCGAGAUCAUUACAGGCACCAUGUGCUACUUUGUGGGUGAAGACCCCAAUACCCCCCUCCAUGUGCCCCCCAGUAACCCACAGACUGUCCCUGAGACGCCCCCCUCCCCAAGCCAAGUGGCACCCAACAGCGGCAUUGGCCGCGAAGUUGCCAAGGGGUGGGAGAGCGCCAUUCGCCAGGCACUCAUGCCUGUCAUUUUCCAAGAUGCUCCGCCAGCGGAGGGAAACACAACUCACAGACAAGCUUCAGUCAGCAUUUCUGUGUCCAACAGUCAAAUACAAGAGAAUGUGGACAUCGGCAUGGUGUACCAGAUAUUUGCAGACGAAGUUCUAGGAUCUGGACAGUUUGGUGUGGUGUAUGGAGGGAAGCACAGGAAGUCAGGGAGAGACGUAGCGGUCAAAGUCAUAGACAAGCUUCGUUUCCCCACCAAACAGGAGAGUCAGCUGAGGAACGAGGUGGCCAUUCUGCAAAGCUUGCGUCACUUGGGGAUUGUGAACCUGGAGUGUAUGUUUGAGACCCCGGAGAAAGUCUUUGUUGUGAUGGAGAAGUUACACGGCGACAUGCUGGAGAUGAUUCUGUCCAGUGAGAAGGGCAGACUCCCUGAGAGGCUCACCAAGUUCCUUAUCACACAGAUUCUUGCAGCCCUCAGACACCUGCACUUUAAGAACAUUGUCCACUGUGAUUUAAAGCCGGAGAACGUGCUGCUGGCCUCGGCUGACCCCUUUCCCCAGGUGAAACUGUGCGACUUUGGUUUCGCACGCAUCAUCGGAGAGAAGUCUUUCCGUCGCUCGGUGGUGGGCACCCCAGCCUACCUGGCCCCCGAGGUCCUCCUCAACCAGGGCUACAACCGGUCUCUGGACAUGUGGUCGGUGGGGGUCAUCAUGUACGUCAGCCUGAGCGGGACGUUCCCCUUCAAUGAGGACGAAGAUAUCAACGACCAGAUACACAACGCUGACUUCAUGUACCCCCCGAACCCGUGGAAGCAGAUCUCCUGUGAUGCGAUCGACCUGAUCAACAACCUGCUGCAAGUCAAGAUGAGGAAACGCUACAGUGUGGACAAGAGUCUGAGCCACUCGUAUUUACAGGACUACCAGACGUGGCUGGACCUGCGGGAGCUGGAGAUGAAGCUGGGAGAGCGCUACAUCACCCACGAGAGCGACGACAGCCGCUGGCAAAUGUUCGCCCAGGAGUACACUCUGCCGUACCCCGCCCACCUGGUGGCGCCGCCGCCUGCUCCAGGCUCGGACGAGGAGGAGGGAGGGGAGGACGCAGACGUGCAGGGUCUCACCGAGAGGGUCAGCAUCCUCUGACCUCUCCAGAAGGACAGGGGGAGGAGCUACAUCAGGUUCAUUUGAAAGCAUCACAUCUGGUCUGCAUUUUCUCUCUGCAUUUACAGUAGGUUCAGUACGUCCUGUAUUCUUUAGAUGAAAGACACUACAGCUGAAAAAGAGAAGGCAGGUCUUUGGACUCUUGGAUUUGGAUCAGGGAGUGAGGUCUCACCCAUAGAGCUGCUGCUCCACACCACCUAUGCAAGACAAAGUGGUUCAGGUUCCCACCAACAAUCGGAUGAAGAGGUCUUCUUGGUAAAACUAAUGAAACUCUACAGACAGUAGAUUGAGGUGCUAAAACAGUGAGAGUCCUGGUCCGGUUGCAGUCCACUGUCCUAGUGAGGCCGUCUGUUAUGAUGACGUGAGACGCUGCAUUCAGGCUGGUGGUCGUGAGUCCGGCCUGCGCUCUAACUUCAGGUCUCAGCCUUGUCACUCAGUACAUUACACCAGGGGAGUUCAUCGGCGUGAACGUGCCUUUCGCCGCUGACCAGUCAAGGCUACGUCCUCAGGUCGGCGAGAUUGCUGAAAUCACUUUUUCUAGCUUCUUAAGAGCGUAGUGAAGCCAACAGGGACCGCUGAGCUCAAGUGUCCUUUGCUGCAACACAGCAUUUCUUCUCCCAACAUCAGUGCAUCUCACCACCGCAGAUGCGUGGCAGGUUCCGACAGCGGGAGGCGCACAUGCUCAUAUCGAACACUCCUGCUGCAGCCACAGCACCCGUCAUGUUGUCAGGGUUUUAACAUUGUCUUGGUGGGUCUAGAAAAAACAUCUCGGUUUGGGCAUGCCUUCAGUUAUUGACAUUUUUUAUUCAAUAAACACAUUUCAAGUUCUUCUGGGCACAGACGUCGAUGGGGCCCAUGUUUUGACUCCAGCAAUCGACACAAUUGAGGCUACAGUCUGUCAAACCCAAACACAGAGGAGGCAAAACUCAUCUUUAAUUCGGAAUAAAACAGUUUCAACUCUUCUUAAAUACAGCAGGCGAGUCGCAGUUGCAGUGCAUUAUGAGUCUAUACUCAACAUUACGUUACGAUCCGGAUACAGACGGAUCCUUCUGCCUGAGCUCUGCGUUCAUUUCCUCCAUAUUUCUCAUAUGUUUCCACAAAUAGAGCAGUACCACCGGAAACCAUGGGGGGCAGUGUUGCUGUUACUACCCGAUGCGUAGCUAUAAUGAGACACGAAGAAGUGUUAACAAUGGUGGAAAUUCUCUGUGGCAGCCUCACCAACCUCCGCCUCUGUUCCCUCUUCUGUGCCAGAGCUACAUGAUGAGUUGCUAGUUUGUUGCUGUCAUAAACUUGUGACUCUGGGCUGCUCCCCCUGGUGGACAUGUUGGUGAACAGCGUUACCAACGUAAAGAAGACAUGGAAGCGUGUGAUCAGUGACAUGGUUUGACUCCGCGAUGAUGUGAUGACACGACAAUCCUUUCAGCGCUGAAGAUGGAAACACGUGUCCGAACCACACCAAUAAUCACUCGACGGUUUGAAUCUUCUUGGAGUUUCAUGCUGCGAUACGUGAUGGGCUGAACUCACCUCAGCUCUGAGGGCAAACACACCCAAAUGACCUGAAGCUCCUUUGGACCAGUUUCCCUCACAGAUCUGGACAUUCUCACCCCCUACAUUCAUCACCUGAAUAUCUGUUACUGGUGACAAAACUCUAAGUCAGCAGGAGCCCAGAUGCUCCUGGAGCCUCUCCCUCCAUCUUGGCUCGUGCGUUCCACCGUGGCUGACCUCCUUUCACGUCCGUGACGUUGCAUGUUUCUGUGAAGUUGGUUUACUCGCUUUAACUCAACCCAUGUGUAACCUGAAGCCCAUGUAGUGUCAAACUCUGUUACUUUGUAACUUAAUAAACAUCUCCUUUUUGUCUCCAGUCUUCAUUCCUCGAGCCCAGAGAGACAUUAUCACGAGUCAACAAAGACCACCGUGAGCCAGUCUGUUGAAAGGAAGGAAGUCAGCCGCUGCCACCUCGGCAGCAGGAGACAGCAGUAACCGCAGCAAUUACCGGAUCUGCCCCUCCAAGUCUAAUGGACCGUAAGUCCCCUCCAUUAUGAAGGCACGUGGACGGGUCCAGAUAUCAUGGUUAAUGUCCCUGCCGCUCACUUCAGGAGUCCAUUUCUCAGCAGGCCUUCACCAAACAAGAUGGCUGCUGACCAUCGCUGUGGCUGAAAAGGUUUAGCAACACAGUUGUGGCUCCUGUUGAGUGACGUGUUAUAGAAGGUAGAAGAUGAGAAGGAGGCUGCAUCCGAUCAGACCAGAGUUGGAAGUCAUCCAAGGAGUCACAGUUUUGGGCUCCAGGCGACCCGCCAUCUCACAGUUUGGCGAAGGUCUGCACUCGCUGAGUGCCUUUCUACUUCGAUGAGUUUACUGCCAGCAAUAAUGAAGAAUGGAAAGCGAAAGUAAAUGCUGAGUCACUCAUUUUAUGAGUCAAUGAGUCAAUAAUGAUAAAAGAUUAACCGUAGAAAUACAAGAAAUGCAAGUAUUUAUGAGUAGAACAUAUAUUGAGAGUCAUUCAAGAGGCUUCUAUCAAAGAUUGUUGCCACAUGUUUCUAGUUCGGUUCUGAUUUUUUCAUGACACAAAAUGAAAUCCCUUGGGGCCGACAGCUGCAGUCAAAGGGCCAAAUGUGGCUCCGGCCCCUGUCUUCGUGGAGGUUUUUAGUGUGGUGUAGUUUCACUAACGUUUGACCUCUAAACUGUCUGGAUCUCCACGUUGUACUGGGAAGAUGAAUCAGCGGAGGAUCGGCCAGGCAAAGGUCAACACUCCAGUCACAACCUGGGUUUCACUCUCUCAACGCACCACCAGUUUUUCCUCUUGUGCUUGUGCUGGACUGUCCAGGUCUGAUUUUCCAAAGUUGUAAACACAUUGGAAUGAAACUAUGACAAAAGUUUGGAAAGCCCAGAGAAAGUCAGAAUUUUGGGCGCGUUGCUUCAGUGUCUCUCACUCCAUCUGUUCCUGGUUUAUUCUCCCAUUCAUCCUUGAUAUCAUAUAUGACCUCAUGGAUGCCCUGGACACCUCCAGCAUUCAUGUCCGACUCAAGGCCAGAGUUGGUCCCAGUCGUGCUUUCAUGUGCUGAGAGCUGAGGAGAAGAGGCGGCCUGGAGUCUGUGGUGAGGACCUUUGUGUUUAGACCUGUUGAGACUCCCUGUUGAAUCUGUUCCAGCCAGCAGGUCUUGUUCAGCCCGUAACUAAGACUUUGGCCCCUUGCAUCACUGAGUUUGAGACUUGAGAGCUCUCAGUCUUCUCUGCUGUCUGAGCCCAGAGUGAACUGUCAAACCACCUUUGAACUGUUGCUCGCCUCCAUUGUUGUGGUUUAUCUUGGUUCCUGAAGCUGAGGUCAGCACAUCUCAGCUGCGUGGGUGCUGUCCUAUGUUCAGUAUAUGCAGGAUGAGGUGGACCUGAAACUGAUCACUGAGGAACUAGGUCUUUCACAGCCAUGUGACCGUGUGGAUGGGUUUGCUUUUCCAAGUCGAGAUUUGAAGGUGCGACUCACAAGAAUCCUGGUUCUGUGGAUCAGAUGGUGAGCAUCUUCAGCCUCCCUCUCCAUCAACAACAACCUUCUCAGCUGAGUCUCCCUCCCGUCACAUCGAUGCGGUCAGCACAAAUGUCAGUGGCUGUGGUGAAGCCCAUCAGACGCUGCCGCUCUGCGGCUCAUGAUCGCUCUCUCUCUCACACAUUAAUAACUGGUAAUUCAGUGGGAGCCUCUUCACUGGGAGGUUGUUUUGACGUCUCCAAGUUAUGACUGAGACUGAAAGGUUACGCAGGAACACACCUCGGCUCUUAGCUGCCAUGGAGACCCAGGGUGUAUUUCUACCUGCCAUCCAUCAUGGCUGACACCUCACUGCCGAGCCUCGUUCAGCCGUUUACACCUCUCUUGUUUUAGGAUCAGAGCCAGGACUCGAGUCAAAGAGAAGGGUCUUCAGCCACUGAGACACAUUUAGUCAGUCAGCAGGGUUCAGACUGACGGACGAGUCUGUUGCAACAGGCCUCACUCAGAUUUGAUUUAUAUACCUCUCUCUCUCUCUCUCUCUCUCUCUCUCUCUGGGAAAUGUAGGAACAAAACUGUAUUUCUAAGCUCAUUCAUUUCAAAAGACAAACAAAUGGACAACGGAAAAAUGCCACUGUUGAAGUCAAUAAAAGCUUUAAAGCCGUUUAAAUGGAGCAUUUCUGUCUUGGGUCAGAUGACUGCAGGUAGUGAUGGGCCGAUGAGGCUUCAUGAAACAGUGUCCUCAUUUCAGAGCCCACCAGAUGGUGCUCUCUCCUCUAAAGUCAUUGGAUUUGACCAACCAUUUCAAUGAAACUUCACCUUGUUUUUAAACCCACAGCGCCACCUACUGAGCUCUAAAAGUAAGGUCACUGUUUCAAGAAGCCUCACUGUCCCAUCACUAAUUCCAGCUAAAGAGCCCCACACUUUGAGUCAUGUCAUGGUCAACAGUGAUGUUUGAUCAAUAAUAAGUUGGAGGAUCACGUCAGUCUGUGGUAAACCCCAGACCCAUGGGACGCUCCACAGCUCACUACCACUAACAGUCUUCAUCAUUUGCUCCAGACCGAAGAGCAACAGCCGCUGCACUGACUGAACCAUGAAACCUGAGCUCCGCUUCAUGCUGUUCAGCUGCAACAGUGACUAAGAGAUUCAGCUGAGAGCAACUGUGGCUCAGCCACCAACCACAUGCUCUUCUCUCUCUCUCGCGCCGGAGAACAGAGCCCCUGGAAAGCUCUGCUCUGUGGACCUCACUGACUGUGCUCCCAACAUGG